CGGUCGGUGGGCAGGAAGGCGCUAUGGCGGCGGUGGCCCAGUGCGUGCGGUCCGCGGUGCGCCCGCGGUACCCGCUGCUGAGCUUCUCCCUGAGGACUUCUCCACGACUGCUUUGUGUAGCAACACAACAGAAAAAUACUGGCCAGAACUUGGAAGAGGACCAGAGUCAGAGCCAAAAUGAGCAGAAGGUUGAACCCAGCUCUGCUGAAAAAAUUUUAACUGAAGAAAAGGCCAAACUGGAAGAACAACUAAAAGAAGUCACUGACAAGUACAAGCGUGCCUUGGCAGAUGCAGAAAACGUGAGGCAAAGAAGCCAGAAACUGGUAGAAGAGGCAAAGUUAUACGGGAUUCAGAGCUUCUGUAAGGACUUACUAGAAGUUGCAGACAUUCUGGAGAAGGCAACAGAAAGUGUUCCAAAAGAAGAAAUCAAGGAUGAAAAUCCUCAUUUGAAGAGCUUAUAUGAAGGUCUUGUUAUGACAGAACUACAGAUUCAAAAGGUGUUUAAAAAACAUGGCCUGCUCAGACUGGAUCCUGUCGGAGCCAAGUUCGAUCCCUAUGAACAUGAAGCAUUGUUCCAUGCUCCCAUGGAAGGGAAGGAGCCUGGCACUAUUGCAUUAGUAUCCAAGAUUGGCUAUAAGCUGCAUGGGCGUACACUGCGGCCUGCCUUGGUUGGCUCUUAAGUUGCAACAGAACUUUUCCCAUAGGCAGCUCUUGCCGUGUCUAACUCCACCUGCUGCUCCCAAUCCUGCAGGGUCAGGCUAAAAUACAGUACAUGAUUAACUGAAUGCUUUGUCCUACAUUUGUCUGGUCACCUGGAUAGGAGCGGAUGGAACUUGUCAAAUUACACAACUGACAAAGCAUCUGUCCUCUUGUAUCCUCAAAGACCAUACAUUUAACACACAGGACAGAAACUUCAAAUUUAUGCAUGUUAUUAGCACCUGGUAAACAGUAAGUACUUCUGAAUUUCUCACCCUUGUUUCUGGUUGUCUUGGUAUUAAGGAGCUUCUUACCUUAAGGUCAAGUAUUGAUUUUUUUUUUUUUGGUUCAGAUGCAGAGUUGCCAAAAGCUUACUGAACACUAGACCUACUACUCCUGGUGAGAAGUGGUUAUUUUCUUCCCAGUACUGGUUUGCCUCAUGGGAAUCAGACAGUUAACUAGAACAACAUAAAUGCAUACUACUGUUUGGGGGUCAGUCAUGUUUAAGGAUUCGUUAAUUCUUUCUUAACUCCGAGAAAGAAAAUCAAUGCUUUGACUGGGCAGGAGAGGCAGAAUAGUUUUUGGUGUGUGUGAGAAGACAACAACAGCGUUAAUCUUUUUAAACUAAUCAAGUACAGGGAUCAAAAUGCAAAGAUUGAGUGUAAAAGUACAGAAAAAAAAGGGGGAUUCCAUAUACUUAAGUUAAAUUUGGAAGGAACUUCCUUCCAGCUGAGUUGAGUUAGAGCACACUGUAGCUGUGUGAAGUUGGAUUGAGUUGCACUUUGAUUGGAACCCAUCCUCAACUGAUAUGCUGUAAAGGGACCAGGGUUGAUUUAUAUACCUUUUUAAGAACUGUCAUCUGUUGUUCUGCCUGCUUCCAACCUCUCUGGAUCUAAACUAAAUCUAACAACUUCAUUAGUAUAGAAGUUUCUCCAGUAGGGCAAUUAAAACAGAGGGACAGCUUCUUCUCUAGCAGGUGAAGAUUUUGUUAAUGAGCUUCCCAAUGCCUCACACAAACUGUCUUUUUUGGACUACAUUACUUCAUUCAGGGUGUUCUUAAAACACAAGUUACUGUUAAAUGUUCAGCACAAGACUCAAACUAAUAUCUUUAAAGCUGGUAACUGAGUAUCUACCUCAUUUAAGCUGUUCCUUUUUCUUGGCCUGCCCUUUCAGAGAGGCUUUCAGCAUGGAGAGCUUUGGUCUUACACUGAGAGCUCAAACCACCUCUGGGCUCUGCCAUAUGACAGAAGAAGUAAUGAAGAAAUCAAAGAAGAGAGGGAGGUGGUUCUGAAAUUUAAGAGUAAGAGCAGCCAACAAAGCUACCACCAGUACCUCUGGUUUAGCUAUUUCAUAAAGACCACUUCUCCACCCAUCCUUUAGCUAAAAUGCAUCUUCAUUUGUUAUUGCAAAGACUUCAGCCAUUUUCCUCAUUACACAAGCUACAUUACCAUUAAAUCAAUAAUGGAAAGAAACUUUAAUACAAGUUUAUUUACCAAUAUACAAUGCAAAAACCUAGUAAAAUGCUGAGUGUGCACAACAUCAGUUAGGCUUUACAUGAUUUCAGCACAGGCAUUUGCGUGUCUGGCACAGCUACACCAGUACACAAUUCAAAUGAGUGCAACAUUCCCUUUAAGGAAGAAGCUGAUGAGCUGAACAUGCUCACCAGGUAUCUUCCUUCACAGUAUUUAAUGUGUCAUCACUUAAGAGCAACUGGGGCACAUGCAAAAACCUUUUGCAAGAAGAGAUAGUAAACUGAAAGGCUAGUGAAGUCUGUUACAGUUGCAAAGAAAUUUGAUGCAGCCACUGCACAAGAGAAUAAUGGCAGUGCUUAGUUUGUGAUUUACAAGGCAGUUUAUGGUCAAAGAUUCGUGCAAACCUACUAACGCUGUUCUUAAUGCUUGCUGGGACUGCAAUGGAACACAGGGCAGGAGGGUCUGCACCCAGAAUACUCUGUAACAAGCCCUUCUGCACUGGGUAGUACACACAGAAUGGGGAUUAAUGCUCCCUUGUUACCUAGUGAGCAAAUAUUACUGUAAAACAUCACUGGGACUGGACUGAAGUAAACAUACAGCAUUAAAACAGACGUAUUGUUGCCUCUAAUCAGUAGCAGAAGAUCAGUAUUUUCAACAGCUUAUGGAGUGUCACUUUUUCAUAGGCUUACAUCAAUGCUGUUAGAACAGAUACUAUAAUUAGUAAUAUCUUUAAUUAGAAAAGUCAAGAGCAUAAAGCAUAUAAAACACCUUUUCAUUAGCAACAUGAAGGCUAGGUUAUUUGUACAGUACAGGAAUCACUUCCAGAUCAACAUAAGAUACAAGUUGAAGAGCGCUUUCCUAUGUUUUUUCUCAGCCCCUUCACCACAGAAGAGAAGCAGCGUAGCUCUGGUAAGUUGCUGGAUUAACAUAACUGCAUCUCAACUUAAAAACAAACAAACAAACACAAAACAGCAGCUCAUAACAAAGGAAUGCUUAGACUAAAUCAGUUCCAUGUGAAAAUAUGGAACAGCAGCAUCCUCUAGUGCAAGUCACCUUUAAAAUUAAAAGCAUAGCUGACAAUGAGACAUUGCUUCUAGGGAAGCCCUUUCCAAGGGACUAGUAUUUGCUAAAGCAAACAUUUACCACCUUGAAUUUGCUUGCAAGUAUAAAAUAAAUAUUGAUAUCCAUAUUUCAUACAUUAAAAAUACUUUAUUUUACAUUCAUUUUGAUGUUCAAUAAGUUACGUCUAGCACCAAAGAAACAUUUUGGCGGGGCUGAGGAAUUGAGAAACUAUGAAGUGUAAAUGCAGAAUUCACUUCAACAUGUAAAUGACUCAUUGGUGCCUAGAUUAUUUUUUUUAAAGUAUUGUUCAGAUGGGCUUUUGACUAUUGCUUCAGUUAGACUUAAAUGUGCCAACAGUGUAGAAAUAUAAAAAUCACAGAUUUGGAAAAAAAAUUAAAAAAAAACCAAAACCCAAUUCUUUUAACCUCCCAGCUACAUGCAGAGUUGAGGUUCCAGAACACUAUCUUUAAUGGUAUGUUAUGGCGGUUGGGUAACAAGUUACAGG